AUGCAGAGUCAAGAGAGCUUAAAUCAUUCACCUACGUCGCAGACUAAAAUGCAGCCUUCAUCAAGUCGUAUCCUGUAUGACAUUCCCUGCAAGGUAUGUCGAGACCAUUCCUCGGGUAAACACUACGGCAUUUUCGCUUGUGAUGGAUGCGCUGGUUUUUUCAAACGAUCUAUCAGGCGGAAUCGACAGUAUGUCUGCAAAGCAAAGUCUGAGGGUGGCUGUAUGGUUGAUAAGACGCACAGGAAUCAAUGCAGGGCUUGUAGGCUUGCCAAAUGCAUACAGGCGGGGAUGAAUAAAGAUGCCGUUCAGCAUGAACGAGGACCACGAAAUUCCACACUACGCAGGCAAAUGGCACUAUAUUUUAAAGAGCCCGAAAUGAUGAGCAGCAUGGUACCACCACCCGCUGCUGCCCUCGAUCUCGCUUUACCAAAGCCACCAAGUGAGCCUAGGGUGUCGGUAGCACCACCACCACCACCACAUCACCACAUACCGCACCCCAUUUACUGUAACAGUAUGGCUUUACCGGUAAACGUAGGAGGAAUGCCAACAAUUCCAAUUCUGCCUUCGAUAAGUGCAGAGUCUGUUUGCGAGCAAGCAGCACGCCUUCUGUUUCUGAACGUGCGUUGGGCCCGUGAUUUGGCCUCAGGCACAGGACUGACAAUGGAGGACCAACUGACCCUUCUGGAGGCCUCCUGGAGAGAGUUAUUCCUUUUGGCAGCAGCCCAGAUGCUGCCGACCCUAGACCCGACGUUUCUACUCACUUUAGGCCCUGAGGGCCUAUCCCUCGCCAUCGAAGUCACCAGAUUCAAGGAAACACUGGCAGGAUUCCACUCCAUGAACCUGGACCCCCAUGAGUACGCUUGCCUUCGCGCGAUCGUUCUCUUUAAAGCUGGUCUAGACUGCGAAUUGGUCCCCAGCAGUCGAAGCAGCAAUGGAUCUGUAUCACCUAGUAUGGAAAGAAGACUGAGAGAUCCUGUGACAGUUGCAAGACUAAGGGAUGGCGCACAAUUGGCACUUGGGGAGCGAUUAUCAGCGUCGUUUGGCUCUGGCCCUUCUCUCGGGGCCUUGAGAUUUGGCAAACUACUUCUGCUUUUACCCACUCUUCGAUCUGUCUCUGCACAUGCGAUCGAGGAACUCUUCUUCAGAAGAACCAUUGGAAUCAUUCCAAUCGAGAGAAUCAUCUGUGACAUGUACAAAGCACCUGAAAAAAUGUAA